AUGUACGGAGACUACGUAUUGGAGGACAAUAAGCCAAUACAACCAAAAGCUUUAGUGAAGCGUGGUUACACCGUUGCCGAACGGAUUGGCCAAGGAGGAUACAGAUUGAUUUUGACGGCCAGAUCUGCGCGGCAUCAUAGCCGCAUGGCGAUCAAAGUGAUCGAAAGAUGUUCGUCGGACAGUGAUUUACAAAAGGCCAUCGAAAGCGAGAAACUGUUCGCCGACAUGUUCGAUCAUCCUUAUAUCAACGUGUACCACGAAAUCAUAGAAACAUCGAGAAGGGUGUACAUGAUCAUGGACUACUACCCGGACGGCACGUUGCUGGACUACUUCAAGGAGGUGAACUACACGCCCGAGCCGGUGGCGUACGAGUGGUUCGCGCAGCUGUGCUCGGCACUCGAGUACGUGCACGGCCGCGGCUUCGCGCACCGCGACGUCAAGAUGGAAAACGUGCUGCUGGACCGGCAGGGCAACAUCCGAUUGGCCGACUUCGGGAUGUGCGUGGCCGUCAUGGAGCCAAACGUUAGUCCCGACGACGAUCGCGAAAGAGUCGCGUCCCGUCGGCCCGUCAACCUUACAGCAUGCGGCACCGUCAUGUACAUGUCACCGGAACAGUUGUCCCGCGUCCCGUACAACGCGCAGUUGGCCGACGUAUGGGCUGCCGGUGUGCUACUCUUCUGUCUGGUCGUCGGCCGGUUUCCGUUCCCGUACCCGACCGGAGUACGCGACGUGAGGCCACUGAUAUUGAAAUGUCAGAGAGAUGGAUACGCCUUUGAACCACAUGAAAAAAUACGUCUAUCGAUCGAGUGCCAAUCGAUUUUCGGAAAAAUAUUUGUAGACGAAUCGCAAAGAGAAGAAAUCAAAAAUCUUAAAAAAGAUAAAUGGAUGGUUAAAGGAACACAGAACAACGAAAAUUAUGGCCAAUUAUUCAAUGAUGACCACAUGCUGAAAGAAGAUGUUAACAUCUGUUUGUUAUCAUAUAUGACAUAUUUUUAUGAUGAAAGAAUAAAUAAACUAGUAUCGUAUCAUAAACUACAUGUUGAGUCUACUAAUAAUGAUGAGAAAAGUGUUAACAGAUUCAUUAGUGUAUAUAAUGACGAUGUUGAUGAUACAACAAAGUAUGAAUUAGUACAUUUCAAACAGUUUUGGGAUCAGUUAAAACCAACAUUUGAUGGAAGUGAUGUACUCAAGAUAUUUGAAUGGAUGACCGAAUGUAAUAUUAUUAAUAUUUUCCCUAGCAUUCAUAUUGCUCUAAGAAUAUAUCUUACCGUUCCUGUUGCUAAUUGUACUGCAGAGAGCAUUUUCGAAGUUGAAAAUGAUGUUCUUCAAAAUUUAAGCUUCGAUAAAACAUUAAAAAUAUUCGCUACGCAAAAAGCUAGAACUUGA